UACUAUACACAUUGGGUAGUCAACGAAAAUUUGCUCGAUCAAAUGUGACGGUCAACUAUAAGUUUUUCAUCAAUUAAUGUUAUUGUUUUCAGUUUAACAACGAGAUUACGGUGUUGCUAAAUGGAAUCCCAAGGACAUGACGAUUCCACUAAAUUUGACAAAUAAAUUCAAAUCUGAAAUUACUUAGUAGCUCAACGAUGAAUAUCUACGCGAAUAUUCUGUUAAAGAUUCCGAUGAAACGCAUAUCUACUUCUUCGUCUACCUUACUUCAUCACCCAAAUCACAGCUUCAUCAAAUCAUUCUUCAUUUCAAAUCACACAGUAACGGUAUCUCGAUUCAGUUCACACUCUUCCGCCUCCAAUCGUCAAACAAAUGGAUUCGAUUUCAAGGCGUACAUGCUCGAAAAGGUAACCGCCGUUAACCAGGCUCUGGAUUCGGCACUUCCACUCGCAAACCCCAUCGGAAUCCACGAAGCGAUGCGGUACUCCCUCUUGUCCGGCGGCAAACGGAUCUGCCCCAUCGUCUGCCUGGCGGCGUGCCGCCUCGUCAGCAGCGACGAAUCCGCGGCGAUGCCGUCCGCCUGCGCCCUCGAGAUGAUCCACGCCAUGUCUCUGAUGCACGACGACCUCCCCUGUAUGGACGACGACGGCCUCCGCCGCGGCCGCCCCUCCUGCCACGUCGUCUUCGGCGAACGCGCCGCCGUUCUCGCCGGGUACGCGCUACUCGCCCGCGCGUUCGAGCACAUCGCCACCGCCACGCAGGGGACGGCGCCGCCGGGGAGAAUCGUCCGUGUCGUCGGCGAAAUAGCGCGGCUGAUCGGACCGGAGGGGGUCGUCGGCGGACAGGUCGCCGACUUGAAAUGCGGCGGCGGAGGCGUGGAGCAGCUGGAGUACAUCCACCUGCACAAGACGGCGGCGUCGGUGGAGGCGUCGGCGGUGGCGGGGGCGGUGCUGGGCGGCGCGUGCGAGGAGGAGAUCGAUAGGCUGAGGAAGUACUCGAGAUGUACAGGGCUGAUGUUUCAGGUGGUGGACGAUAUUCUAGAUCUGACGAAAAGUUCAGAGGAAUUGGGGAAGACGAGUGGGAAGGAUAAAGUGGCGGAUAAAAUGACUUAUCCGAAGCUGAUUGGGAUUGAUAAAUCGAGGGAUUAUGCUCACAAGUUGAAUAAAGAGGCUCAAGAACAACUCCUAGGGUUUAAUCCUGAAAAGGCUGCUCCAUUGAUUGAGCUAGCCAAUUACAUUGUUCACAGGCAAAACUGAUCGGCCUUCAUCUUCUCCCCCUAAUUUUUUUUUUUUUUUUUUUUAAUAUAAUCAUUGUGUUUUAACUUAAUUAGAAUAUUAGUACUA